CACCAACACCAACACCAACUGCAACUGCAACAUCAGCCGCAACAGCAGCAGCAGCAGCAGCAGCAGCAGCAGCAGCAGCAGCAGCAUCAACAUCAACAUCAGCAGGUAGGCAUCCUCGCAGACGCCGCAGGACUCGCCCAAUUGCCCGCUUUCGCCAUCCGCGCUUUGCUCAACCGGCCGAGCCCUGUUAAGACGAGCAGAGAGAGAGAGAGAAAAAGAGAAAGAGAGAGAGAGAGAGAGAGAGAAAAAGAGAAAGAGAGAGAGAGAGAGAGAAAGAAAGCUUGA